GGAUUUGGGAGGGUCUCUCUGGGGAAACCAAUCAUGAUGGGCGGACGGGCCCGAACGAACAAGCGGCGACGGCGACUGUACGGGACGACCGGCUAAGAAGGGCGCGGGGAGUUGCCGGUCUGGGUAUUCCGGGUUAUGUACAAGUACUCAUACACCGUUAGGUGUGUGAGUGCUUGUAUACAUUAUUACUCCAUAGUGCUAGGGGAGGCAAGGUGCUUAGGAUUACCGCUUGUAGACAUGACAUCAGUGGCAGCACACCUGGCGUAUGUAUGGAGAAGUUACCGAUCGAUCUAUCUUUCCCCGCGGGGACCCCGAACGAUGCAGGGGAAUCAAUCGCACGGAGUAAGCUGCUGGAAUAGGCGUACCGAGGCCCCCUCUUCCAUCCAAGUACUGUACUGGGGUACUUCGCAUGUACCUAUAGAGGAGAGGAAGGAGACUCGGCUGAUGAAGGCCCAAUCUUGGCAGCGGACGGAUGGCAAAAUCUACCCCGGACAGCCCCCGGACCACAGGUCAAGUGACAAGUCGAUCGGCAAAGCAAACAGGAAUACGAGAAUGGGAAACUGGACUGGGAUAAAAGGUGUACCGACAAUGCGCCGGAAUCCAACGACAAAGGGCCGGAAAUGAGCGAGUGUUACCUAAGAGGAACUGCACUGGGGGAUACUAUGUUUACUCUGUAGAUAUCUGUAGAUAUCUGUAAAUAUGCUGUACCUAUAACUGGUAGACUAUAGAAUCGUCAGCUAUUAUAUACAUAGCAGAGUCUCUUGAAUAGAAGUAUUCUCUACUCCGUACAGAGCAGAGAAUACUUACCGAGCCG